CGCGCGGGUGGAGAAGGCUAUGGAGUAAGCCGGCGGCCGCGGCAAGGCUCUGAGGCUGAGCAGGGGCAGCCAGGAAGCGUUUGGGGGGGCGGGGGAAACGAGCCCCAGCACCGCCCCUCCCGGGAAAGAGGGAAGAGGUACAUGGCUUUUGGUUAUGAUGCUUCCUCUGCUUGGAAGUGCGCUUCUUUUCCUUUUCAUCCAGUUCAGGGAAGACUUUCCUGGUUAAGGUAACUACUCAAUAUUGCAGCCAUGGAGUCCAUGCUUAAUAAGUUAAAGAGUACUGUUACGAAAGUAACAGCUGAUGUCACUAGUGCUGUAAUGGGAAAUCCUGUCACUAGAGAAUUUGAUGUUGGUCGACACAUUGCUAGUGGUGGCAAUGGGCUAGCUUGGAAGAUUUUCAAUGGCACAAAAAAGUCCACAAAACAGGAAGUGGCUGUUUUUGUCUUUGAUAAAAAGCUGAUUGACAAAUAUCAAAAAUUUGAAAAGGAUCAAAUCAUCGAUUCUCUAAAACGAGGAGUCCAACAGUUAACUCGAUUACGACACCCUCGACUUCUUACUGUCCAGCAUCCUUUAGAAGAGUCCAGGGAUUGCUUGGCAUUUUGUACAGAACCAGUUUUUGCCAGUUUAGCCAAUGUUUUAGGUAACUGGGAAAAUCUACCUUCCCCUGUAUCUCCAGACAUUAAGGAUUAUAACCUUUAUGAUGUAGAAACCAAAUAUGGUUUGCUCCAGGUUUCUGAAGGAUUGUCAUUUUUGCACAGCAGUGUGAAAAUGGUUCAUGGAAAUAUCACACCUGAAAAUAUAAUUUUGAAUAAAAGUGGAGCCUGGAAAAUAAUGGGGUUUGAUUUUUGUGUAUCAUCAUCCAAUCCUUCUGAACAAGAGCCUAAGUUUCCUUGUAAAGAAUGGGACCCAAAUCUACCAUCAUUGUGUCUUCCAAAUCCUGAAUAUUUGGCUCCUGAAUACAUACUUUCUGUGAGCUGUGAAACAGCCAGUGAUAUGUACUCUCUAGGAACUGUCAUGUAUGCUGUAUUUAACAAAGGGAAACCCAUAUUUGAAGUUAACAAGCAAGAUAUUUACAAGAGUUUUAGUAGGCAGUUGGAUCAGUUGAGUCGUUUAGGAUCUAGUUCACUUUCAAAUAUACCCGAGGAAGUCCGUGAACAUGUAAAACUACUGUUAAAUGUAACUCCGACUGUAAGACCAGAUGCAGAUCAAAUGACCAAGAUUCCCUUCUUUGAUGAUGUUGGUGCAGUAACACUGCAGUAUUUUGAUACCUUAUUCCAAAGAGAUAAUCUUCAGAAAUCACAGUUUUUCAAAGGACUGCCAAAAGUUCUACCAAAACUGCCCAAGCGUGUCAUUGUGCAGAGAAUUUUGCCUUGUUUGACUUCAGAAUUUGUAAACCCUGAUAUGGUACCUUUUGUUUUGCCCAAUGUUCUACUGAUUGCUGAAGAAUGCACCAAAGAAGAAUAUGUCAAAUUAAUUCUACCUGAACUUGGCCCUGUUUUUAAACAGCAGGAGCCAAUCCAGGCUAGCAACAUGAUUUUGUUAAUUUUCCUACAAAAAAUGGAUUUGCUACUAACCAAAACUCCUCCUGAUGAGAUAAAGAACAGUGUCUUACCAAUGGUUUAUAGAGCACUAGAGGCUCCUUCCAUUCAGAUCCAGGAACUCUGUUUAAACAUCAUUCCAACCUUUGCAAAUCUUAUAGACUACCCAUCCAUGAAAAAUGCUUUGAUACCAAGAAUUAAAAAUGCAUGUCUACAGACAUCUUCCCUUGCUGUUCGUGUAAAUUCAUUAGUGUGCUUAGGAAAGAUUUUGGAAUACUUGGAUAAGUGGUUUGUUCUUGAUGAUAUCCUGCCCUUCUUACAACAGAUUCCAUCCAAGGAACCCGCAGUCCUCAUGGGAAUUUUAGGUAUUUAUAAAUGUACCUUUACACAUAAGAAGUUGGGAAUCACCAAAGAACAGCUUGCUGGAAAAGUAUUGCCUCAUUUGAUUCCCCUGAGUAUUGAAAACAAUCUUAAUCUCAAUCAGUUCAAUUCUUUCAUUUCCGUCAUAAAAGAGAUGCUUAACAGAUUGGAGUCUGAACAUAAGACUAAACUGGAACAACUUCAAAUAAUGCAAGAACAGCAGAAAUCUUUGGAUAUAGGAAAUCAAAUGAAUGCUUCUGAGGAGACGAAAGUUACAAAUGUUGGAUCUCAGCAUAUUGACAAAGUCUUUAACAACAUUGGAGCAGACUUUCUUACUGGUGGUGAAUCAGAAAAUAAAGAGGAUGGGUUACAGAAUAAACAUAAAAGAGCAUCACUUACACUUGAAGAAAAACAAAAAUUAGCAAAAGAACAGGAGCAAGCACAGAAGUUGAAAAGCCAGCAGCCUCUUAAACCCCAAGUACACACACCUGUUGCUCCAGUCAAACAGACUAAGGACUUGACAGACACAUUGAUGGAUAACAUGUCAUCUUUGACCAGCCUUUCUGUUAGUACCCCUAAAAUUUCUGCUUCAAGUACCUUCACUUCUGUUCCUUCUAUGGGCGUUGGCAUGAUGUUUUCUACACCAAUUGAUAACACCAAGAGAAAUUUGACCAACGGCCUAAAUGCUAACAUGGGCUUUCAGACUUCAGGAUUCAACAUGCCGGUUAAUACAAACCAGAACUUAUUCAGUAGUCCAAGCACACCCGGAGUGACCAAGAUGACACUGGGAACACCUUCCACUUUGCCAAACUUCAGUGCUGUGAGUGUUCCUCCUGCUGGUGCGAAGCAGACUCAACAAAGACCCACAGAUAUGUCUGCUCUUAAUAAUCUCUUUGGCCCUCAGAAACCCAAAGUUAGCAUGAACCAGUUAUCACAACAGAAACCAAAUCAGUGGCUUAAUCAAUUUGUACCUCCGCAAGGGUCUCCAGGUAUGGGCAGUUCAGUAAUGGGAACACCAAUGAACAUGAUGGGACAGUCUGCCUUUGGUAUGCAGGCUAAUCCUUUCUUUAGCCCGCAGAACUUUGCACAGCCACCAACUACAAUGACCAAUAGCAGUUCAGCUAGCAAUGAUUUAAAAGAUCUUUUUGGGUGAGGUGUCUUGCUCUGUUUUUGAAGGAUUACUUCAAUUUUAAUCAUGGGUAAGCGAAUUUACAUCUUUGUAUAGUUGGCUUGGAGGAACUACUUCUAUGGGAAAGUGAAUGGUUCCAUGACAGAAAACACCUUGUUUCCAUGCCAGCAUAGUAAUUGUAUGGACUUGUAACAGUUGAGUUUUUUAAAGCAUUGAGGAAUUUUUUCCUCUUACCACCUCCUCUUCCAAGUUUUUAAAAGACCCAACCCUUACCAAUCUCUAAGAGAAAAAAGACACCUGAGUAUCUUGAAUAGCAGAAUUUUUUAAUCAAAUGUUUGUUUAUUUUAGCUUGUAAAUCUUGGUUUAUUUAAGAAAUUUUGAGUUGAUGCUUAAUGCAAGUUUCAUAUGUUAAAUACUACAUGGUACACAGUCUGCCUUCACAAGUCAUUAGUCUUUAUUUUAAUGUGUGAAAAAUCCUGAUGCUCUAUUGAUUUGUUUGCAUUUAGUAUGACUGAAGGAGAUAAUGAUAAACAUAAUGAAAAGGAUCAGGUCACUUGCUUUUUCCAAUCUUAUUUACUUCACAGAUGAACUAAUGUUCAAUACAAAAGACUGAACAAAUAGUACAAAAUUUAACUUAAUGUUGAUUUCAUUGGUUCAAACUAAAGGCAUUAUUAACCAUCUUAAAUGCAAACUAAUCAUUGUAAAUUAUAUUUUAGCAUGGUCUGCCUCAAAUACUAAUGUAUUUUUCUGCAUUUACUUGGAUAUAUUUAGAAUCACUUUCUUUCCUGCUGUCUGACAGAUAGAAGAAUAUGUACUGAUUUGUACAGAUAUUUGACAAAGCCCUCUGAUGUGAUUUCCCUGACUCUUGCCUUCAUAUUUCAUUUUGAAUUCAAACUUCUGAGGUUGUAGCACAUAUGAAUUGCAUUUUCAAAAGGAUAUUUGUAAGAAACUAUAUUUAAUGAGUAAACUUUUGAGAUUUCUGCUGUAUCGUUUCAAAUGUAAUAAACUUUACUUCUCUAAAAAUGAGCGGUUGUAUCUUCUCGCUACCAACAGAUUAACUUUCAGUUUACCAUGAUAAAGUCUGACCUCAUCAAUUACUGCAACUAAAGUUUAAUUGUGUUCUAGAAAUUGUAGGAAACUUUUGUUUGAACAUUUUUAUGUCCACAAUUAGCUAUUGUUAGCAAACAAAAAAAAAUUCUUCUAAUAGGAAAUCUGCUUUAUUUUUAAAGUCUUUCUCUGAUAUUUUUCUUUGAUGUGCUGAUUAUUCAACCACAGAGCCUUAUGCUGUAAAUGUUAUUUGUAUUUUGUUUAAAUUAUAUUCCACCAUUAUGUGAUAACUUCAAAAUGAUCUUUCAGAGAACUAUAUAUGCAUUAUAGUUGCUGCCAUAGGGUUUGUGGUUUUUAAUUCUCUGAAACCAGCAAUCAUUUAAAAUAAAUCACAUGAAGUUUAGUGUGCUGA